AAAAAACCCCCCCACACAAAAACGCCCACAUUUCCAGAGCGAAACAGAAAGAAACACAGAAAGUUUUUAUCUUUUUACAUUGAUGGCGGGUGGCGGUGGGUACAUGGCGGACGACGACUACGAUUACUUGUUCAAGGUGGUGCUGAUAGGAGACUCCGGCGUCGGGAAAUCGAAUCUGCUCUCUCGAUUCACUCGCAAUGAGUUCAGCCUCGAGUCCAAGUCCACCAUCGGCGUCGAGUUCGCCACUCGCACCGUCCGCGUCGGCGACCAGGUCGUCAAGGCUCAGAUUUGGGACACCGCCGGUCAAGAGAGGUACCGGGCAAUAACGAGCGCAUAUUACCGAGGAGCAAUGGGUGCAUUGGUGGUGUAUGACGUGGCCCGCCGCGCCACCUUCGAGAACGUGGAGAGGUGGCUGAAAGAGCUGAGGGACCACACGGACCACAACAUCGCGAUAAUGCUGGUGGGGAACAAGGCGGACCUCCGCCACCUGCGGGCCGUGUCCGUGGAGGAUGCCAAGGCGUUCGCCGAGAAGGAGGGGGCCUUCUUCAUGGAGACGUCCGCCCUCGAGUCCACGAACGUCGACGGCGCCUUCACCGGAGUGCUGGCCCGGAUACACGACGCCGCGCGCCGGAAGGCCCUCGAGGUCGGCGGUGGGGACCACCAGCCCGCGCUGCCGAGGGGCGAAACCGUAAACGUCGCCAGAGACGACGUGUCCGCCGUGAGGAAUGCGGGUUGCUGCUCUGCCUGAACUGAAAUUAAACAACAGGUUCAAAGAUAUAAAAGUGCAUCUGAUCUCUGGUGUUUUGCUUUUUCAUCUUAAUCUCUCCAUUCAUGUUAUUUUGGAUUAAGAUUUAUGUUGUUAUUAUUGUGAAAAAUGUUGUGGAGUUUAAGGAAAAAUGUCUGUAAAGUUAAACAUGGUCUGAUCUGAUUAAGAAAAAAGAGAAAGUCAUCAUUAUAGUAUGUAUUCUCGUUGCACAUUUAUAAAAACAUAAAUGCUCACUAAUUCAUCAAGCAGUACAAUAUUUUCAUGAAUUUUUGACCUUACUAAAUUUAGAAAAAUGAU